GUAAUUGUUUUUGAAAGACGAUUCUGAGCAAUAAUGAAUUGAGGAGAAAGGAGGAAAUAAUUGUCCUCUUUCCUCUUUCAUUUUCCUGUACUCCCUCUGCUCCCAAUUCACAUCUACACUGACAUCACAAUCUCCUCCUCACAUCUCCAAUCAGUGUCGGUGAUCUACUUAUUAUUUUCAAACAAAAUCAAACCCCAUUCAUAUCCCCAUUAUUCUAAUCCCAAUUUUCCAUAUAUAUCAUUACACCCACACUCUUUUACACCAUCACCCACAUUUCUUUGAAACCAGAAAAUGUCAUCAACAACGUUGAAACAACAACACUAUGCCACAAGUGGCUUAGUAAUCGGUUACGCACUCUGUUCAAGCUUAUUAGCAAUCAUAAACAAAUACGCUAUAACUCAAUUCAACUAUCCAGGUCUUUUAACAGCGUUACAAUAUCUUACUUCUUCACUCGGUGUUUACCUUUUAGGUAAAUUAGGUUUUCUUCAUCACGAUCCUUUCACUAUUCCAAUCGCCAAGAAAUUCUUCCCUGCAGCACUCGUUUUCUUCUUGGCAAUCUUCACCAACACCAAUCUCCUUCGUCACGCUAACGUUGAUACGUUCAUUGUUUUCAGAUCUCUUACCCCUCUUCUUGUUGCUCUCGCUGAUACUGCGUUUCGCGGUCAACCCUCUCCGUCUAAUUUUACCUUUUUGUCCUUGGUUGUUAUUCUUGCUGGUGCUGUUGGUUAUGUUGCUACUGAUUCGGGUUUUACACUGACGGCUUAUUCCUGGGCUUUUGCUUAUUUGGUUACCAUUACUACUGAGAUGGUUUAUAUUAAGCAUAUGGUUAUGAGUCUUGGAUUGAAUACUUGGGGUUUUGUGCUUUAUAAUAAUGUAUUGUCAUUGAUGAUUGCUCCUGUUUUUUGGUUUUUGACUGGUGAGAAUUUUGAGGUUUUUACUGCGUUGAGAUCAAGUUCGGGGAGUUUGUUCGAUGUGAACGCGUUUUUGGCGGUUUCGUUGUCUUGUGUGUUUGGUUUGUUGAUUAGUUUCUUUGGAUUUGCUGCUAGAAAAGCUGUUUCUGCUACGGCGUUUACUGUUACUGGGGUUGUCAAUAAGUUUUUGACUGUGGCUAUUAAUGUGACAAUUUGGGAUAAGCAUGCUAGUCCUGCUGGUUUGGUUUGUUUGCUUUUUACGAUUAUUGGGGGUGUUCUUUAUCAGCAAUCGGUGACUGGAAGUGGUUCCCAACAAGCGGUCGUGGUGACUAAGCAGUCUGAUGUUGAAAGUAGUCUUGUUGGUGAUGGUGAUUCUGAAGUUGAAAGUGAAGGAAAGGGUAUUAGAAACAAGUGGUGUGUGUUGUGUUUCACUAGAAAUCUAGUAUCUUGAAUCUUGAAUUUGCAGUUUGAUGCACAACAUGCUUUGUUUACAACAAUCCAGAAUGUGAGCCUGCUUUGUUUGUGUAAUGUAGCUACUUUUAGCAAUUUCCUUUCUCUUUAUUGUAAGUUUUGGCAUUCCAUUGAGUACUUUUGUUUGAAGAAUGACAAUGUUUUAAUUACAUGAUCAGCUUGAUUUAGACAAAUAAAUUGGUUCAAUUAGAAA